UCUGCGUUUGUGCGUGUGUGUGCGUGUGUGUGUGUGCGUCUCUGCGUGCGCGUGGGGGGCCCGCUUCCGCAGGCAGGGCCCGGCCGGGGCUGCGGCUGGCCACCCGGGGCGGCGCACAGCGCGGCCAUGGCGCCGGGCGGCUUGGCGCCCUCGGAGUCCCUGCCCAGGCUGCCGCCGCCGGACGGCACCGCCUCCGACUCCCGGCGGCCCCACCGGGGGCCCACGCGCUCCGAGCGGCAGCGGGGCCACCGGCUGCAGAGGCACCUGCGAGGCCAGGCGCCCGAGGAGAGCGAGGAGGCCGAGGAGGACGCCGAGGUGCCGCCGUGGGCGCGCGAGGAGGUGCCGCCGGGGCCCCCCCUGCGCCCGGACGAGGUCGGCGGCGCGCACGAGGGGGCGGGGGUCUGGGGUGCGGGCAUCCGAAGACUGGUGUUGGUGCCGCUAUUUUGCUCCUCGAACAUUGUGGCGCUGCUGCUCGAGUGCCGCGCGGAGGUGGACGCGGCGGUGGGCACCGUCACGCGCGACGAGGUGCCCUUGCAUCUGGCCGCGCGCGGCGGACACCGGGCCGUGUGCCAGCUGCUGGUGGGCCCCACCCGCGAGCGCGGUAUGCUCGACGCGGAGAACGCCACCGGGUGGACGCCCGUGCACCUGGCCACCAUGGGGGACCCCAGAGGAGGCGCUGCUGGUGCUGGUGCGCGCGGGCGCCUCGGUCAACGUGCAGAACGUCCCGCGCGUAGGGUCCUCGCCGCUGCACGUGGCAGUCCAUGAGGGCAACGCGGCGCUGGCGGAGCUGCUGUGCGACCGGCACGCCGACGUGAACUUGGCGGACAACUUGGGCAGGACCGCGCUGCACAUCGCGGCUUCCAAGGGCGAUCUGGCGAGCGCCACCGAGCUGAUCACGAGCAGGGCGGACCCCGCCAGGCGAAGCCACCAGGGCGCCGCUCCGAUAGACCUCGUGCGGAGCGACCACGAGGCCGCCUACAUGCUCACCGCCCUCCUCGGGGGCGCGACGAAGAAGCCCGAGGCCAAACCGGCGAGCCUGGACCGCUUCGACAUCAGGAUCAGCGCGGACGUCGUCUGAGACCCGCGGUCUCGCUUCGCACUCUCCUCCCCCUCCUCCCCCCCUCCUCUUCCUCGCCUCUCUCCUCUCCCUCCUCUCCCUCCCCCCCCUGUGCCA